GCCCGCUCUAACGGCUGAAACCAACGCCAACGGCUAAACUCCAACCGACAAAACCUUCGUUGUUGUUCGAUCCAAGCCUUUUCCCUACUCCUGCGAAUCUUGACCCGCGUCUGGUCCUCAAUUCCCGCCUUAAUUCAGACACGUCCGCCUCUUGCGGAAUGGAAACCGACGUCUCCCUUUUCCUCCUCUUCGAUCCCUCCCCUCCCCUCCCAAAUCCGAAAGAACCGUCUCCCUCAGGAGGUUUUUCGAUCUUCUGGGGCCAUUUCCUUGUUUAAACUGGAUCAAUUUGAUAAGUUAUUUGUUUUUUAUGGUGAAAUUUGUAGUUUGUUCGACGAGAUUUUGCCCAUUUGAUGAAUCGAGGGACUUAGUUCUUUAUGCCCAUCAUUUUUUGACUAUAGUGGAUGCUGUAAAUUUUUUGGAAGAAUCCACAGGUACGUACGCUAGCUAGAGGGUUUCUUUAUCGAGAAAUGAGCUGCUUUUCUUGUUUUAACGCGCCGGCGGUCGACGACGCCGGCGAGAGGAGGGUAUCAAGAAAGAUUCUGGAGGCAGGGAAGAGGCCGGCUCCUGUGGCAGUUGCUCCGACGAGGGUCAGCGAGACAUCCCCAAAGCCCGAAAAUCUCCCUCAGAAGACCUCAACAGGGAAUGCAGCUGAAGCAGCACCUAAAAAGGAAACCGGAAAUGGAAAUAUUGCUUCGCAAACAUUUACAUUCCGCGAGCUAGCUACAGCUACCAGGAAUUUCCGUGCUGACUGCCUGCUAGGAGAAGGGGGCUUUGGUAGAGUUUAUAAGGGACAUCUUGAGAAAACUAACCAGCUUGUGGCUGUUAAGCAACUAGACAGGAAUAGUUUGCAAGGCAACAAAGAGUUUCUUGUGGAGGUCUUGAUGCUCAGUCUCCUCCAUCAUCAAAAUCUGGUCAAUCUUAUCGGGUAUUGCGCUGAUGGAGAUCAGAGACUGUUGGUGUAUGAGUAUAUGCCCUUAGGUUCCCUGGAAGACCAUCUGCUUGAGAUCCCUCCUGAUCAGAAACCACUAAGCUGGUAUACUAGAAUGAAUAUAGCUUACGGCGCUGCUAAAGGUCUAGAAUACUUGCAUGAGAAGGCCAGCCCACCUGUGAUCUAUCGCGAUCUAAAAUCAUCCAAUAUCUUACUUGAUGAAAGUUAUCAUCCAAAGCUUUCUGAUUUUGGACUAGCCAAAGUUGGCCCAGUAGGAGAUAAACUGCAUGUCUCGUCGAGGGUGAUGGGCACAUAUGGCUACUGUGCACCAGAGUAUGCAAGAACAGGUCAGCUCACUUUGAAGUCGGAUGUAUACAGUUUUGGAGUCGUUUUAUUGGAGCUAAUCACAGGGAGAAGAGUCAUUGAUACAACCAAGGAUAAGGACGAACAGAAUCUGGUCGCUUGGGCACAGCCCAUAUUCAAAGACCAGAAGCGGUAUGCAGAGCUUGCCGACCUGCUUCUCCAAGGGGACUACUCUGAGAGAGGCUUGAAUCAAGCUGUUGCUGUGGCUGCCAUGUGCCUGCAAGAGGAAGCUGAAGUCCGGCCAUUCAUGGCUGAUGUUGUUGUGGCCUUAAGCUUCCUCACUGGAGAACCGGCUGCUUAUGAAGAGAGCUGUUCUCAAUCCUCCCAAUCCACACCAAGGGAAGAAGAUAUCGAACCAGAUGAACACGGCUUGCAGGAUUUGAGUGCUUUCGAUCGGCAGCGUGCGGUGGCAGAGGCCAUCCGAUGGGGUUCGAAUUCAAGACAACCAGGGGGGCUAGCAUCAAACUGCUGGUUCGUUGUAAUAUAAGAGAUUGUUUGAAUUUGGUCUUGUAGUUAUACAAGUAUAGCUCAUUCCUUUCAUCCAAAAGAUCGAAGGGACAUCUUUUGCAACUUGAUCCAUUUUCAAAAAUAACAUGUCGAUGGUAGUUUCCAUCA